AUGCCCACCCGCGCUUUGUGUGAGGUGCACUUGGAACCCACGGGCUCUCCCGGAAACCACAACAAACCUCUCACUGAGGUCUUCACCCUCACCUGCCCCCACUCCUGCCCCCUGACCAACCCUGGUGUUUCCCAUAGCCCCUGGGAUGGGGCGUGGCCGGCGGCGGGGGCGUGGCCGGCGGCGGGGGCGUGGCCGGCGGCGGGGGCGUGGCCGGCGGCGGGGGCGGGCUCUGGACCUGGGACGAGCCGCGCACGGACAGCGGACCGGCCGUCGGGGCCGGGGAGCGGCUGCCGCGGCCAGGAGCGCCCUGGACCUCGCCCGGAGCUCUACCUGGAUGAGAGCAAGCAGCUCUACAAAGAGUUGGGCUUCAAGCGGUACAAUAGCUUGAGCAUUCUGCCAGCUGCCCCGGGAAAGCCUUUGCGUGAUUUGGCUGCCAAGGCCAAGGCGAUUGGUAUCCAGAGGAACCUGUCUGGGGACCUUCUGCAGAGUGGAGGGCGGCUGGUGGUCAGCAAAGGUGGUGGCAAGGUGCUGCUGCACUUCAUCCAGAAGUCUCCAGGCGACUGUGUCCCCCAGGAGAGCAUCCUGCAGGCCCUGGCAUCUCUGCAGAGGUCUGUGCCAGCCAGCCACCCCCGUGUGAUGGGGAUGGGUGUACACGGUGACCUCGGCUGACCUGGUGCUGGGAGCUGGAAGAACCUCCUGGAGCCACUGGGCCCAUGCUGGACCUUGCCAGACCCUCAAGCAACAGAGCCA